UUUUCGCCCUGAGUGGGAGGAUUCAGGAUCUCAGCCAAGAUGUGACAGCAACGGAGGAAGGUCGAGCACCAAAUUGCUGAAGAGAAGGAGAAAGGAGCGGCUGAAAUGGCGGAACAGUUUUCAGACCUGGAGAAGGCCAUCAACACUCUGGUCACAAACUUCCACGCUGCUUCGGGUGAUAAAGGCUCCACGCUCAAGGUAGAUGAAUUCAAGAAUCUCCUUUCCUCGCAGCUGCCCAACCUCGUCAAGACCGGAGGGUCGGACGCAGGCUUCGGGGAGGUGCUGAAGCAGAUGGGGGUGAAGGAUGGAGAGGGAAUAUCCUUCAAACACUUCUGGAGCCUGAUCCAAAACGUGGCUACGUCUCAGUUCGGCCUGCUGAGCCACGAGAAAGUGUCCAAAUGCACCUGCCUUCUACUGUGAGCGCCGCUCUUCAGUUAGGUCAACACGGAGGGAUGAUUUCCACAUUUUCUAGCCAAUAAAACAUACUCUCUCUCUCUCUCUCUCUCUCUCUCUCUCUCUCUCUCGAUCGCGCUUCAUUUAAGCAUCGUGUUUUUUCUCUCUCUCACGACACUAACCGUACGUUAUUCCAGUGAAUAUUCCGCCUGAUGAUGUUGCUGAUGCAAUCCAACAUGACUUCAAGCCAUUUUAUCCAGCUGUCACCAAAAAAAAAAAAAGUAGACACCGUCUAAAGGGAACAACAAGCGUAAAACUGUACUAUCACUUUAAAUCAUGAGAAACUGGAGUUUUGUAAAAAAUUAAAAAAUAAUAAAAAUAAACCAAUAAAAAAAAAAAAAAAGUCUAUUUUUUUUUUCUAAAAUAUUUGUAACUGAAAUCAGUACACUGCUACUGAACGCUUUUCUACAUGUAACACUAGUAAUGCCUCGUGACGUGUUAAGUGUGUUUGUGUAAUAACACUGUUCUCACCUUCCUGUUUUUACAAUACACUACCAGUCAAAAGUUUGUGCACCCUUGCUCGUUUUUUUGUAUUUUUUUUUUUUUUUACUAUUUUAGAAUAAUAACGAAGACGUUAACACUAUGAAAUAACGCGUAUACGGAACGAUGACGCGAACGAGAAAAGCGUCCGGAAUAUUUUAUUCCGCCUAAAUUGCGAAAGAGAACUACAUGAAGACCUUUUGAUUCAGAAAUAAACUGAUCUCUGGGCAUUAUAACGUCACAACACGUUCCCAAGUGAUUCGUUAUUAAAAAUCCCUUUAAAGCCAAGCGAAUGACAUUUACUCAUUCCGGUCCGAACUUUUGACCUCUAGUGUAUACGAGUGCCCUAAAAUUCUCUAAUCCGCUCAUACAUCCUCGGACGUAUUGUUCUGACACCAUUUUCUCAUAUUUAUAUUUUUGAAAUUCUCCUCUUACUAUGAAAUGGCAACCUGAAACAUGUGUUACAAUUAAAGCCAAACCAUGAUCAUC